AUGUUUAUUCUUGAAUUGAUGUCGUAUAUUGAAAAUAGUACUUACUAUUGGAUUUGGAUCUUUGAUCAGUGCAAUUCUUUGUGCAAAUAUGAAGUUCUUAGGAGGUAUCCCUUUAAUUUAGUGACAACUCUCCCAAGCUUAUUGCGUAUAAAUGGCCUUGUUAUCGUUUCCGCGUCUACUAAUAAUGAAGCAUUUUCAGCAAAGUUCAAUUCAUGGAAACAUUUUAAUCUUAAUGGUAGCUAUAGAGAUGAUGAAUUCAGAGAAUGGUGUAAAUUAUGUGACUAUAAUAUUGAUGAGAAUCUACCACUCAAAUUACAUUUGGAUAAAAAUUGGAUUUGUGGGACAACUGAGAUUAAUUUGGAAGUUAAAACCUCAGAAUAUAUGGAAAAACGCGAAAGGGAAAUUGCAUUAGCUCAUAAAAAUUUUCGUGAAAGCUUAUCUGAAGAAGGAAAAGCAAAUUUAGACGAAUGUGUUGUCACAAUGAUUCUUGAGUUUAUUAGCCCUAGAGUUGUGGAUUUUGGCUUAGAUCGUCAAUUCAUGUAUAAAGGGAACAUUUUGACUUAUAACAGUAAAGGAGAGAAGAACGUUAAGAUCGACACAUAUGUUGCUAUACAUCCCCUAGCAAGACGAGCCAUCAUCAAUUCUCAAAAAACGCAUCCCCUGCAAGAAUUUAGAGAUACUGUAUCAACUAUUUUCCUAAGUGCAAAUCACUACUCAAAUGAUACCAAAGAAAGGCUUGCAGAAUUAUACAUAACAACGCUUUUUGAUAUUAUGAAAACAUUAAAAUUUAAGAUCAUCACACCUAUUGAAAGCUUUGAUGUGAAUUUAAAUACCCUCUUCAUUCCGUUGUCAUCCAAUUAUCCUGGAGUGGAUUUUCUUAUCUGGGAUACGAUUUAUAGGGAAUUAUUUGCGUUUCAGAUUACCAUUAGCUCUUCUACAAGCCAUAGAAAAAGCAAAAAUAACUUUAUGGAAGGAGAAAAUUCUUUGAAAAGUAAAUGGGCAACUCUGUGUGGGAUAGAAAAUGAUAAGGUUAAGUUUAUUUGGCUUGUCCCUGAUAGUUUUAUUAAAAAUGAUAAUAGUAAAGAAUCUUUAUAUUUGUCAUUUUCAAGCAUAAAAGAUCAAUUUCCAGCAUUAGAUGAUUUGUAA